AUGAGUUCUUCUCCGCAUCGUUCUCGCGGCGACGGCGAGAAAAGACCCAGGUUUUUCGACUCAAACGCCAAGACUAUCUGUUGGUCGAAGGCUGAUACUGUCCCCGGUCGUCACCCUGAGAGGUGGCGCAAAGACGCCGCCGGUAACAUUGUCUGCAAACGUUUCUACAACUGCAUCGGCUGCCUCUGCUACGAGUACGAUCACAUCAUUCCCUUUUCUAAAGGUGGUGAGUCCACCGCAGAUAAUUGUCAAAUACUUCAAUCAAGAGUUAAUAGACUAAAAUCGGACAAAUAUAACAUUGAUUCAGACCAAUUGAAAGAAUACUCUUGUGAGGUUAAUUUUACUGAUAAGGAGCUUGAUAUAAUUGAAAUGGCUGUUUACGGUGAUGUGAUGCGGCCAGGAAACCAGUGUCGUUGCAGAACUAUUGCUGAAAAGCUUGGCAAAUUCAAAUCAAAAGAGGACAAAGAUGCUUGUAAGUUGCCAGAGGGAUGA